UUUGCUCGGUCGCUUGCAACAAAAUGAUGUUGGCAGGGUGUAUCAACUGAAAGUGAAGUGUAUUGUGUAAUCAAAGACAAUCAAUUAAAAUGAUGAGUGUACAAACGUUUCUUGUGUUAACGUACGUCGUUUUGACGGCAGCCGAUACGGCGUACGAGAAUAAAUUGACCAAAUUGUGGUCACUAUCCAGUGCUUCGAAUAGUGAUGGAUCAGUUAAUGUUACCAGUACUUCAAUAGUUAUUCAGCCUUCAGUAUAUAAUAGAGAAGCAAGGACAAAUAGCAAAUAUGCUUUCAAGCCCCGUGCAAUACCUUUGAUAAGGGAGCAAUCAGCUGAAAAUGCUUACUAUUCACAAGACGUGAAUUACAAACCAAAGAUGCUUUUCUCUGGUAAUUAUAUGCCAAUUGCCAAGGAGAAAGGGAAUAAAAAUCUUACUGAGCCAAAUGAAAGAGAAUCUUUUCACCCUAGGGCUAUACCCUUGAUAAGGAGUCAGGAGUUCCAAAGAAGGUCAUUGGACGUGGAUGAAGAACCGACCAUAGAGAAGCCUGAAGGAUUCACAGAACAGACCGCCUCAAGGAGAUCGAUAUCUUAUAUGCUUGGCCUCGAUGAAGAAGACCCGGAAGAAGAAGAGGAAGAGGAGGAGGAUGGUGAAAUCGAAGAAGGAAAAGGCAAGAAGAAAGUCAAGAAGCCAAAACUCAAGCUGAAAGCUGGGAAGCUGAAGAAAUACGUCGUACCAUUGUUGAUGGCAUACAAAAUGAAGUAUUUUGCUCUAGUGCCUGUAUUGAUCGGUGGUCUAAUUCUGCUGGUCGGUGCCACAGGCCUGGCAGGGUUCUUCUUUGCGCUGUUUGCAGCAGUGAUGGGUCUCCAGAAGGGAGGGUAUUAGACAAAUAGUUAGGUAAAGUCGACAGACUCGCAGUUGCCAUCCAACUUAAGUUAACAUUUUGGUAUUAACUAGUCUAAGGCCGCGUCCAUAGCUGCAUGAAUCUAUAGCUUUGUAGAUUUCAUCUAAGUUUUCACACAAGUUGAUGUUGAAUUUUUGUGUAUGGGUAAUAUUAUAUCAGCAAUGGAUAAGCACCUUACUUUAGCAGAAAAUCGACCACCGAUUAAUGCAUUGGCAGUAUUGUCCCAUUUGUAAUCUACUUAUUAACCUUUUACUUCGAUUGUGAUCAAGUGAUACCUUUUGUACUUUGAACCUUUGUAGUUAAGAGCUCGCGCAUUGUAAAUAGUAAUUUAUUAACUAAUUUAUUAUUUAGAUUUAAUCGAAUUAAUUUGACAGAUUAUACGUAAAAUAAUGGUUAUUUUGUGAGUGAGAAUUAUAUUGAUUCUAAAUCGAAAAGACGUGUUUAUGAUGUAAAAUUAUAAAUAAGACGAUUUAUUACACUAAUAUAGUUACCAAUGAUAUUGUAGAAAAAUAUAUAUAAAAUAUGAACUACAUACAAUAUAAAAUAUGCAAUUAUACACAUGCUUUGAGUGUUUACGUCUUUUAUUACCAUUUUAAUUGUUAUAUUAAUUUUAUAUUUAAUGAUAAUAAAUAUAAUUUUUUAUCGACA